AUGGCCGCCCUCACAAGCGGGGCAUUCCCCCCACCACUCAACGAGGCCGAAAAAGAUGCUCUCGCCGACGUCGUCAAGGACUGGGCCAUUGCCAACGGCCUCGCCGUGCGGUCGCCUCCCGCAGUCGUCCCUGCUGAGACGGAUCCCGCCGGCAUCACGGCCAUCAACGUCCCCGUCACGCUGUUUCCCAGCCCGUUCCCCAAGGAGUGUUUCGCCCAGGGCCAGGCCGUGCAGCAGACUUACAACGAGCUCUAUGCGGCCGUGAGCCGGGACGAGGCAUUUCUCGAGCAGACCGUCAAGGAGGUGAUUGAUGGUGACGAGUUCAUCCGCAACUUGUGGGAGGUUCACCUGAGAGUCAAGGCUGAGGGCUACACACAGCCUUUAUCCCUGGGCCUGUUCAGGUCAGACUACAUGGUUCACCAGGACACGUCAACCUCACCCCCCUCGGUCCAGGUCAAGCAGGUUGAGUUCAACACCAUCGCCGCAUCCUUCGGCGGCCUCUCAGCUUACACCUCAAAACUACACAAAUUCCUCGCAGCUACCGAGUACCCCUUACUCCACAAUGCCCUGCCACCCAACUCCCUCACUCUCCCCGACAACCAAAGCAUCUCCGGCCUUGCUGGCGGCAUCCAAGCCGCUUUCCACGCGUAUCCCAAGUCCGACCUAGGACAUGCCAAGUGCGUCAUCUUCCUGGUCCAGGGCGGCGAGCGCAACAUCUUUGACCAGCGCCACCUGGAAUACCAAGUCACCCAGUCUUCACCGACGAUACCAGUCUUUAGACUGGCCAUUGGAGACAUCUUCAAGCACACCACCCUCGCCGACACACCCAAACGCCAGCUCCUCUACCACCUCCCCCGCGAUCCGUCCAAGAUCUUUGAAGUAGCCGUCAUCUACAUGCGUUCCGGCUACCACACCAACGACUACCCCGAUCAGAAGGCCUGGGACGCCCGAUAUCACCUAGAGCGGUCCAACGCGAUCAAGUGCCCCAGCAUCCUCACCCAGCUCGCCGGCACGAAGAAGGUCCAGCAAGUACUGGCCACCCCCCGAUCCUCCUCCGCGCCCUCCGUCCUCGGCAAGUUCAUCAACGACGAGACCCCCGCCGCAGCCGAGCUCUGGAAGACCUUCACCAACAUCUACCCCAUGGACACCUCCGAGGCCGGCCUCGAAGCGCGCAAGAAGGCGCUCGAUCCCGAGCUCUGCAAGGCAUACGUCCUCAAGCCGCAGCGCGAGGGCGGAGGCAACAACAUCUACCGCAGCGCCAUCCCGCAGUUCCUCAAGACGCUGCCCGAGUCCCACUGGAGCGCGUACAUCCUCAUGGAGCUCAUCGUGCCGCCACCCGUUACGAACAUUAUCCUUCGCAACGGCCACCUGGAGGAAGGCGGCAUCAUUUGCGAGCUGGGCGUUUACGGCACUUGCCUGUGGAAUCAAGGCACAGGCGAGAUUCUCCACAACGAGGGCGCGGGCUACCUGCUGCGUUCGAAAGGAGACCAGAGCGAAGAGGGAGGUGUCGCUGCAGGGUACGGCUGCAUGGACAGCGUCAGUCUGGUUUAA